AUGACCUCGGCCAUGCUUCGGCUCGUUCCCCGAACCCUUCCCUCCCGCUGUGCACCAGCAGCUCUCCGGCGGACGCUCUUCUCCCACCGACCGUCGGCACGAGCGACGGAGGAAUUCGACAUCACAAAGCUCAACGCCAAGCGGCGCGACUACGAGCAGAAUCGGACCGCCUUCCUCGCCGCCGGUGCCCUCGCCGGCAUCGUCUCCUUUGUCUACACGGCAUGGAAACUCAAGCAGGCGCUCGACGGCUCGGGCGAGAGGUCCAAGCUGGCCGUCAAAUGCGACGCGCCGUCGUCGAUUCCCACGGAGACGUUCAAGACCGAGGCCGGCGAGAAGCGAAAGGUGGUCCUGCAUGACGACGAGGGUCGGGAAAUCAUACCGACCGGCCACGGCCUCGUCAAGGCGUUCCCGCGCGCCAUCGAACUUGACAUGCCCACGGCGCGGCAGGGACUAGACCGAAACGAGGCGUCCAUGGCGGCCUCCAUCUCGGACGAAGCGGGUGUCGAGUUCACCCUCGUCGGGCUCGGCAUGCGGACCGUCACCUUUAUCGGCAUCCAGGUCUACCUUGUCGGCUUGUACGUGGCCACCCAGGACAUUGCCCGGCUGCAGCACCACCUCGUCAAGAAGAUCAACCCGCUCGCGACGACGCUCAUCCCGACGGAGAAGGAGGCGCUGCGCAAGGCCCUGCUCGACGCCGUCGAGGGCGACGAGACGUGGGACUCGAUCCUCCAAGAGUCCGGGUGCCGCACCGCCCUCCGCAUCGUUCCCGUUCGCGACACCGACUUCCACCACCUGCGCGACGGCUUCGUGCGAGCCAUCCAGGCGCGCUCGCAGCGAGGCACGGCCUACAACGACGAGGCCUUUGCCGGGGCCAUGAAGCGGUUCAAGGUCAUGUUCAACCGCGGGUCGGUGCCGAAGAAGAAGGAACUGCUGCUCUGCCGCGACGGCGCCGGUGCCUUGUCGGUCCUGUACGGCGAUGGCGAGCGGACGAAGAAGCGGGAGCCGACGCGAGAGGUCAUGGGCACCGUCGACGACGAGCGCCUCUCCCGGCUGCUGUGGUUGAACUACCUGUCCGGCAGCAAGGUGGCGUCGGAGGAGGCGAGGAGGAACAUAAUCGAGGGCAUCAUGGAGCUCGUAGAGCGACCGGUGGGCACCGUCGCGGCCCAAGUCGUGUGA